AUGCCCAGCACUCCUACCAUGACAUCAGAUGAAAUCAUCCAAGAGGCAUCCCGUAUUCUGUUGCAAGAAAGUAAUGCGUUAGCCGAUUGUGCAGAAAGAUUACGUCAUGAGAAUAAAGACCAGUUUCAUCAAGCAAUUUAUCGGUUAUUUCAGACCCUUGAUAGAGGAGGAAAGAUAGUAGUAACUGGAGUGGGUAAAUCAGGGAAGAUUGGAGAGAAGAUAGUUGCUACUUUGCAGAGUACAGGCAGCUGUGCUGUAUUUUUACAUCCAGUUGAAGGUAUUCAUGGCGAUCUUGGUGUUAUUCAAGCGAAUGAUGCCGUUAUUGCAAUUAGCUAUUCCGGGAAUACGGAGGAAGUACUGAGGUUAAUGCCAUCGCUAAGAAAACGUAAUGUGUCAGUAAUUGCAUUAUGUGGCAACAAGAACUCUCGGUUGGUCAAAGAAUCUGAUAUCUGGUUAGACGGCCAUGUGAAGAGCGAAGCUUGCCAAUAUAUCCCGGCUCCGACCACUUCUACUACCCUUGCACUGGCGCUUGGUGAUGCCGUGGCUAUAACUUUGAUGGAAUUACGCGGGUUUACUCCGCAAAGUUUUGCGCUGAACCAUCCUGGAGGUUCGCUAGGGCGUCGGUUGUUGUUGAAAGUAAAAGAUAUUAUGUACCGUAUUUCCGAUGUGCUAACAGUUUUCAUGUCAACAAAAAUGGAUAGAGUGGUCGCUGAGAUGAUGGAUUAUAAGUGUAAUUCGGUGGCAUUAGUCAUCGAUGAUUCUGGUCAUAGUGUAGUCGGAGUAAUAACAAGCGGCGAUAUCCGGAGGGCAAUUGCAUUUAGGGGUCAGUUCUUUGAGUUGAAUGCAAAUGAUGUAAUGUCGAGAAAUCCGGUGACUUGUUUUGUGGAUGACUUGGCGGGUGAGGCUAAGCGUCUGAUGGAAGAGAGUGACUAUCCUAUUUCUACACUACCAGUAGUAGAUAAGAACAAUAAGGUGAAAGGACUACUAACUUUUAAGCAAUUAGAAGAACUUAUAUAA